AUGACUCCUGUCCGCUGGCGACCCCCGCUUAGCGCAAUCGCACUCCCGAACUCGUAUAUGCCCGCAGACAACUCGACAGGGGAUCCUACGGAAGAUGCAUGGUACUCGAUGCCGUGGGCUACGGAGCCAUACUCGUGGGAGACGUUGCCCGCAUCUUUCUGGGGUUGGACCUGGUCUCAAGCCGACAAUCUUACCGGGUCCGAGACCGACGGUUCUUUACACCCGUCUAUUCCUGCACCGCAGGCGGCAGGGUGGCCCCUUGGAGGCGAGGCUGAACAGCCUCAGCAUCCGAGCAGAAGCGGCGUCAUGCCCUUCUGA